CUACACUCAUUCUCACACUCUUUAAUAUUCAUCGAGUAGGGAGACCAAAUAGUGGCCGCCACGCCCAAGCUGCAAAUCCCGUUCCUUUAUACGUUUCCUCCCUAACGCCACCAGCAUCAUGAGGUUUACACACCCAACCCUCCAGCUGCUAGCUUUGUGCUCGACAGCCUUGGCGUCUCCCUGCAAGCCUUCCGCUUCUUCAGUCACAACAGCUUUGACUUCGAGUACCGAAGAGCCUUCACUUUCUACCACGCAAUUGCCGACUAUUUCCGAGGGUGUUACUACCGUUGAACUCACCAGCGAGCCUUCAGCCUCUACAACUGAGGCCUUGACUGCUUCUGAGACGGCCACUACCACCACUUCAGCUGAGCCUUCAACUACAACAUCGGAUCUUCCCCAGGAGCCAAGCAACCUCCUCCUCAACCCCGGCUUCGAGGAAAACGCUGUCGCGCCCUGGGAACGAUCUGGUUAUUACGGUGAUCCUACCUUGUCUACCUCGGAGGCUCAUGGAGGUAGUCAGUCUGGAUACAUCAGUGCCGUCCCGGGAGGUCCGGCAGACAUCGGCUUCAGACAGCGACUUGAUGCUUCGUUGUUUGAGGCCGACAAGCCGUAUACCUUCUCCGUCUACGUCAAAGUAACGGUUGCAGGCAGUUGUUUUACCCGAUUCGUCUCAUGUGACUAUGGGACUGGAUCACAGACUGGAUAUUUCACUACUGCCAACAUCGCAGGACCCCUCGAUGAGUGGGUGUUGGCAACAGUGACGUGCUCGUGGAGUCAAGCUCGCUUGGACUCUGGGAUCAGUGUUGCUGUCAGGGGUGUCUGUGAGCGUCUGAGCUUUUAUAUUGAUGAUGCUGUUAUAAUGGCAGCAGAGUAGUACAUUUCUACGUAUCUCAACUUCUUUAUCGAUAAAGUACUAUCACUUAAACGUCAGUUUCUAGACUAGAUAUAAUAUAACUAAUUUUGUAUUAUACUUAUUACUGUUUAACUAGUCUUCACCCUUCUUAAUAUAUUUAAUGGAAAGAUCGUG